CGGAGACGUAGUUGCCGUGCACACUGCUUGGCUUGGCUCGCAGCCGCCCACGUUGCCGCCCCAUCAAUCUCGAAUUUCCCUCGAGCCCAGCAGGACCCGCAAGCUUUAGCCAGAGAGACGUGUACUGCUGAUCAUGCGUAUCUCGGGAGUGUUUCGUGCAGCAUUGCUGGCUGCGGCUGCGAUCUCUGCCUUCUCGCUUCCAGCCUCGACCGAGGCCAACACUUUGGUCGUGAACAGUGAGAACAACGUGGCGGCUUUCGACGCCUCCAUGAUCCACCCGUCGAUCGAGACGCGUGUGCUGGCAGCCGCGCCCGCUUCUGAGGACGAAGAUGAGGAUGUGGCCACCAAGGCCCCCACGAAGAAGAAGAAGAAAAAGAAAUCUAAGACUUCUGGCAGCGAGGAUGGAGUCAUCAGUUCGUCUACUAAGGAGUCCGCAGAUGAAUCUGCGACCAAGACCACGUCCGCCCCCAAGAAGAAGAAAAAGAAGGCCACGCCCGCCCCUGCUGCUGCUGAGGAAGAGGAGGAGACCAAAGCCCCCGCCAAGUCAACCAAGUCGACCAAGGCGGCUACCACCACCACUACCACCACGACCACCGCGGAUGAGGCUGAGGAGACUUCGGACGCUGACAAUAGUGUCAACGACAAAAAGAUCAAGGGUAACAAGAACGAGGGUAUCAUUGAUGGUUCCUCCGAAGGAAGCGCCGAAAUUGAUAAGAUUGAUCUGCGUAACGAGGAUGGCUGGGUGAGUGUGUACGACGACCCUCCGCUACUCGUCAUCAAAGCUUCGCUGUACGCUUUCAUCUCGUACAACGACACGGAGGUGUGCGACACCUUCAACAUGACCAUGAACGCUGUGGAGCAGAAGGCCGAGGAGAACGGACGCUUCUCGUACCACGUUGUGGCCUACAUCAACUGCACCAAAGACGGCGAGGACGAGACCCAGGGUCGAUUCAUUCUGAACUUCAUCCCCGAGGGCAAGCGUCUGCUUCUGACCGAGUGUGGUCACCGUGAAGAAGGCGAAAUUGUCAACUGGCUGCGUAUCCAGGAGGAGGUGCCCGAGUGCAUGACGCCCACGCAGCGUAAGAAGUUCCUUGCUCAGCCCAUGAAGCAUAUCCACGCCAGCAACGGUACCACCGAGACCGAAGCCGUGCAGACCGACUUCUUGUCUCGACUUGAGGAGUUCGAUAAGGAGGAAGUUGCUAUUGUCGGCUCUGCUACAGUGGCGCUUAUCGCUAUUAUCGUCGCUCUGGUUGUCUUCAUUAUGCGUAAGCGCAAGGCACAGAAGGAUCUGGAGCGUACCAUUGCCGGAGCCAAGGCCGAGCACGCUGUCGAAGACGAUGACGUGCAGACGGAGCCGGAGGAGAAGGCCACGAAGGAGCGCAAGGGCCUGAUGGACAGCUCUAAGGCCAAGAACGACGACCCCGACAUGGAGGAAGGCUCUUUCGUGAACUCUCCCGCCGUGCGCGUGUAAACUUAGCUGCGUUUUCGACUAAGUGGUUGGCUUCUCGAGGAUUUGAGUGCAGAAUUCGACCGUAGAUUUUGAACUAGGAGACAUGAGUUGUGGCUAUAGCUAGCUAACUUUCCUUGCCGGCUUCUGCCUGCCUCGAGAUGUCUGCGGGCAUUGCAAUGCGCAUGGGUUCCAAUGUGUUCUAAUGCAUUUUGUGUUGAAAUAUAUUCGCGCAGUUUCAUCUUGUAAAACUUAAUUGGAUUUCUCAU